GUAGUGUACUAGGUAUAAAGAAAAUACCUAGUAGCGCUGCUUGCUAUCGGUCUCUCGCCGCCUUUCUUUUACUCCUCCCGGACCCGGAAGCGGUCAAUGGCAAUUCAAGAUGGCGACGCACAUGGCGAGAUUCAGGACUUGGAACCGAGCGCACAGUUUUGGCAUUGUUGCGUAUAGACGAUACAGCAGUGGUGGCGGAUACCCAAAUAUUUCAUUGUCCACGCCAUUACCUGCCAUACCCAAGCCAGUGUUUGCAUCUGUCGAUGAACGUGAGAAAUAUGAAACGAAAGUGACCACCCUAGAAAAUGGCCUCAAAGUUGCAUCACAGAAUAAGUUUGGUCAGUUCUGCACCGUUGGGGUCUUAGUGAACUCUGGAUCCCGGCACGAGACAAAAUAUCCUAGUGGAAUUUCACAUUUUCUAGAGAAACUAGCCUUUUCUUCCACAGCCCAAUAUGGGAGCAAAGAUGAAAUUCUCCUGACCCUGGAGCAGCAUGGGGGGAUCUGUGACUGCCAGACAUCAAGGGACACAACGAUGUAUGCGGUUUCCGCGGAGGUGAAGGGUUUGGAUACUGUGGUCGGCCUUCUCGCUGAUGCGGUCCUGCAGCCCCGCCUGACUGAUGAGGAGAUCGAGAUGACGCGUAUGGCUGUGCGCUUUGAGCUGGAAGACCUCAAUAUGAGACCGGACCCCGAGCCCCUGCUGACGGAAAUGAUCCACGGGGCAGCGUAUCGGGGGAACACGGUCGGGCUGCCCCGCUUCUGUCCAGCGACCAGCGUGGAGAAGAUCGACCGGACCGUGCUGCACACGUACCUGAAGAGUUACUACACCCCAGAACGCAUGGUGCUGGCUGGGGUGGGCAUCGAGCACGAGCAGCUGGUGGCCAGCGCCCGGAAGCACCUGCUCGGGAUGAAGCCUGUUUGGGGAGACAGCACGCCUGGCAGCGUCGACCUGUCCGUGGCAGCGUACACCGGUGGCAUCGUCAAGAUGGAGAAAGAUAUGUCUGAUGUAAGUUUAGGCCCCACCCCCAUCCCCGAACUUACCCACAUCAUGAUUGGCUUGGAGAGCUGCUCUUUCCUGGAGGACGACUUCAUUCCCUUUGCCGUCCUAAACAUGCUGAUGGGUGGUGGAGGGUCGUUCUCGGCUGGGGGCCCUGGGAAAGGAAUGUUCACUCGCCUUUACCUCAAUGUGCUGAACAGGCAUCACUGGAUGUACAAUGCCACGUCCUAUCACCACAGCUAUGAAGACAGUGGUCUGCUUUGCAUCCAUGCAAGUGCAGAUCCCAGACAGGUGCGGGAAAUGGUGGAGAUCAUUACGAGGGAGUUCAUUCAGAUGGGUGGGACGCUAGGAGAGAUGGAGCUGGAGCGGGCGAAGACCCAGCUCAAGUCCAUGCUGAUGAUGAACCUGGAGUCUCGGCCAGUCAUCUUCGAGGAUGUGGGCCGGCAGGUGCUCGCCACGGGCAAGAGGAAGCUUCCGCAUGAGCUGUGUCAACUGAUCAGCAACGUGACCGCCAGCGACAUCAAGAGGGUGACCACGAAGAUGCUGCGCAGCAAGCCGGCGGUGGCAGCGCUCGGGAAUCUGGCUGAGCUGCCCUCCUACGAGCACAUCCAGACCGCGCUCUCCAGCAAGGACGGCCGGCUGCCCCGCAUGUACCGGCUCUUCCGAUAGGCCUGGGGGGGGGAACGGACUGCCAGCCUCGCCGCUGGAAACUGAACCUUAAUGCCGUUCUCGACAGAGAGGGUGUGAACUAAUGGUGGAAGUGCGCCAAACUAUUUAAAACCCACCAGGACAGGCUUAGGGAAAGUCUGUCUUAAAAAUGCGAAGUUAACCAUUCAUACGGUUCACACAGAUAUAUGUAUAGUUCAUAGGUCUAAAUGGAAAGCAAUGGACACAGACACGCCCGACUCCACAGAUCGCUGACAUGUCUUGGAACUACUGAACUACUGAGUUUGCAUGCUUUUGGUUGUGAAAUAGUAUACAUGUGAGCGAAGGUAGAUACCGAUUUUUGUGGAGGAUUGUUUAUGCUCAAUAGUGGUUACACGUCUGUAGUUAAACUCAUAUUUGAAGGUUUGUGUACUCGGAACAUGCUUAAGACAGUGGGGGCUGAAGGUCUAUGGAAUUCCUGUGAAGACAGUACCUGCAAAUCCGUUUUGUGUAUAUGUAAAAAAACGGAAGCAGACAAAAUCUUACAAGAACCUGCAGAACUUCUGGCAAUUUAUACUUUUUGUUAAUGACAUGUACUGUAUUCCUUUUGAUAUAGCUUAAUUCCAUUCCCCCGUGUUUCCAAAUUUGAACAUCUGUGUAGUCACAUUGUGAGCACCCAAUUGUCGUCUACAAAUCGUCCUGUGAAUUAGCUUUUUGACAGUGCAGGGUGAUUCCAAGGGAACUCACCCAUAGUAUCAUUGAGAAUUUCAAACUGGUUUUGACAAGGUAAUCUGUUUGAAACAGUUGUCCAUCCAUUGGCAAAAACAGGCCUCUAAAUCUCGACUACCUUUAGCAAUGUUUAUUUGAAGCUAAUAAGUCCGUGGUGUCUAAAAUGUAACAUUUUUAUUCAUUGAUUAUAACAUUUCUUCAAAUGCCGUGCUGUCCAUUUUCUAAAAAGCUCUGAAGACCUGACUUCAAAAUCCAAGUCAAAUUAUGGAGAACCAAGAGCAUUUUAUUUGCUCAAAUUUCAAUGGUAGUUGGGUCAGUUAAUUGGGUAAGAUAAUUUUGCAUGGCAUAUCCCUGCAUUUCAGUACGGAACGGCUUCCGUACAUUUCAUUGAUUGACUGUACCCAACUGCACCACCGCUUUUCCAUUAUGAUCGUGAUUAUCAUGAGUACUCCCUGUGUAAAACGCACCAAAAGAACCCCCACCAUCUUUUUCAGACUGUAUACCAAUCUAGAAUUCUUUUUCGAUCUGUGACAGUGAUUAAUAAUUUUUGGUGACUGUACAACUGAUUAUUUCACCCUUAUACUAAAAUACUUGAAAUGGCCACUGAGUGUUUUAGGAUAUUGGUUUUUACACAAGGCUAUUUGUUUCUAUUCAGUAUUCAUAAGUACAAUGUAAUUAUUAAAAGUAUAUAUAUUUUAAA